AUGGGAAUCCUCAACGUCUUAGUGGCUCUCUCAGCUAGCGCCUUGUGUGCGAUGGAGGACCAGCUGUCUCUGGCGGCUCCCCUUGAUACCGGAGCCGACCAAGGAGCUGAAGUGCCACCGGCUAAGCCUGAGCGGCCACAGGAGGAUCUCUCGAGUGUGCCGGCUGAUGAUGGAAAUGACAUAAUUGUUGGAGCAGCAGAGACACUUCUUCAAGCAGCAGCAGAACUUAACGCAGACUCAGCAACGCAAUCCUCCACUGUUGCUCCUGCUGCUGCUGCUGCGCCUGCUCCUCCUGCGCCUCCUGCUUCUGUGCCUGCUGCACCUGAGCCAGCUGUUCCUGCAGCUGCUGUUCCUGAACCUGCUGCUGCUGCACCUGCUGCUGCUGCACCUGCUGCUGCUGCACCUGCCGCUGCUGCACCUUCUGCUGCUGUUCCUGAGAAGCAAGACCUUUCUCCGGAAGAGGAAGCUAUGCGUGAGCUGGAGAGCAUUUUAGCUCGUACGGCCCCUGAGGGAGACUCAGCCGCUCCGAGUAGAGGUGUUGUUGUACAAGCACAGGCACAAGAAGGAGGAGCCGGUGGCGGAGGCUCGGAAUCAUCAACAUCAACAACGACAUCAUCAACAACAACAUCAACAACGACAUCAUCAACAACAACAUCGACAACAUCUCCUCUCAACAGUGCUGAGAAGCCUCGGCCGUCCGCUGCACCCUCUGCUGCUCCGUCGGUGCUUGCGGUGGGGCUGGCGGCAGCAGGUGGUUUCCUUCUGUCCCUUUUUUCAAUUUAA